AUGACUUCUAUCUCUUUUUUCCACGCUGCAGCUUUCUUUCUUGUCGUUCUUCUUGUUUAUAGUGCUCUUCGCCGACGUCGAGUACAUCGACUUGCAAACCCUCGAAAUCUUCCAUAUCCACCCGGACCUAAACCCCUCCCAAUCAUAGGAAACCUGUUCGACAUCGCGCGUGAUAAUGAAACGGCAACCUAUCAAGCGUUAGCAAGACAAUAUGGCGACUUGGUCUUUCUCAGUGCCCUUGGGAAGCAUAUCCUUUUCGUAAACUCGUUCGAAACCGCGAAUCAGCUUUUUGAGAAAAGGUCGGCAAAUUAUUCGGACCGCAUACAAUCGACUAUGAGCCAUGAAUUGAUGGGGUGGGGAUUCAGUCUCGGCCACAUGCGCUAUGGUGAUCGCUGGAGGAAACACCGUCGCAUGUUUCACCACCAGUUCCAACAGUCGGUCUCCCCAUCUUUCUGGCCCAUCCAGCAAAGAGAGGCGCAUUCACUGCUUCGGCGUCUCCUUCACUCGCCCGAUCGACUUGACCACCACCUGCGCCACAACGCCGCCGCCGUCAUAAUGAGUGUGACCUAUGGCAUAACCAUCGAAUCGACGGAUGAUAAAUACAUUGCACUUGCUGAAAAGGCGCUGGAAGGUAUGGCCAAAUCUGCUGGCCCAGGGGCGUUUUUGGUGGAUCUGAUGCCCUCCCGUACUGAGUGGGUCCCUGGCGCUUCCUUCAAGCGCAAAGCACGUGAAUGGCGUGCAGCUGUAACAGGAAUGAGGGAAGCACCCUUCGCAACUGUAGUUGCUGAUAUGGCAUCGGGAAAGGCACCCCCGUCGUUUGUCAGCAACUUGCUGAAUGACAUCGUUUCCGAAAAGAUCAUAGAGGAUGAUGAGAUUGAAACUAUCAAAAAUUGUGCUGGUAUUGCGUAUGCGGCCUCGUUCAUUUUGGCAGUUCUAACACACCCGGAGGUUCAAGAAAAGGCACAGAAAGAACUGGAUGACGUAGUUGGGCGUGAACGACUCCCGCACUUCAAUGAUAGGCGCCUGCUUCCAUAUACAUCAGCCGUUGUGAAAGAAACCCUACGAGGUGAAUUCAUUAUCUACAUUGAAGUUGGAAUCCUGUGGCACCUCUCGCCACUUGAAGGUCUUCCACAUAUGGUGACCCACGAUGAUGAAUUCAACGGGGGGAUAUUGAAUGACCCAAAUUUGUAUCCAAAUCCACGGCGCUUCGACCCAGACAGGUUCAUGAACGAAGGAGAUAAAGGCCCAACCCAGCAUCUUUCGCCUACGGAUACACUCUCCGUAGCAUUCGGGUAUGGACGACGAUUCUGUCCCGGUCGUCACAUGGGUGAAGCGCAAGUGUGGAUAUCCGUCGCAUGUAUCUUGAGCGCUUUCAACAUUACCCCAGCGUUAGAUGAGAAUGGACGUCCGAUUGAGGUGGUACCGGCGUUUUCUUCCGGCAUGAUCUGGUGA